AUGAGCAACCAGGAGAACAAGCGGGGCAAUCCCUCUAAACCCCAAACUAACCCAGCCCCGUCAACCUCAAACACCCAACCCAACCCCGCCUCGCUAGCAUCCCGCAUCCAAACCUCGGCAACAGGCCUAGCGAAAAGCGCAUUCAACCCGACCUCUGACAUAGCCCACACCCUAGCAUCAAGCACGAGCAGCAAACCAGCCGGUUCAUCCGCCCUCCCAAACACACAGACAAGCAGGGAUCUAUCCGUAAAUACACAGCAACAUGGAGGUCUCGGUUCUGGAUCUGGACCUGCGUCUGGGUCUGCAGCGCAAGCCUUCCGCGAACACGAUCCAACACCGGGUGGAUUCGCUCUACCCACCUUGACGGAAGAUGAGUUCCAGCGAAAUAUAUAUGAUGGAAUGGUAGAAGAACCAACCACAACUACAACGGCAAACCAACCACACCACGACCUCCAAACCCCCUCUUCAACCUGGAAAGGCAAAGCCCGCGCCCAUGACCCAACUCAACACCAACUCGAAACCGUCUGGCAGCGCCAGUGGCACACACACGAGACGAAGACAUAUACCCCAAGCACAGAUGACGGUUCGGCCGUUGUCUCCCUGCUAUCUGAUACAAACUUCGAUCCGAAUUUCGAGGACCCGACGACGGUCCCUGAUACCGACAUUGAUAUAGCUGCUGCACCGGUCCCGCUUUCUGCAGCCGAGAGGGAGGUUCUUGAUUCCUUCCGGCGGCGGAUGGGGCUGGAGGAGGAGAAAAAGGGACGGCUAACAGGGGCGAGUCUUGUUCCUGAUAUUGAUGUGUUUUUGAGUCAGGGGGCUGGGAGUCGGAUUGGGUUUGGGGAAGGGGAUGCCGCUUCAGUUACGGCUGGUUCUACUUCGCUUCGCGAUUCUGUUUUGAUGAAUCUUCCUGGUGCGGGUGAUUGGGUUGGUGUUCAGGAGAGGUAUCAUGAUGAGGUUUGGGGGUUUUUGCAGCCUGUGCUUGAGGAGGCGAGGGUUGAGAUUGAGAAGGGGGCUGGAGAGGGAUUGGGGGAGGAUGGGCCUGCUGUUAGGAGGUUGAAGAUGAUUCUGAUGCAUAUGAAGGGGUGA